GUUCUGGUUCUGGUUCUGGUUCUGGCUCUGGUUCUGGUUCUGGUUCCAGUUCUGGUUCCGGUUCCAUCAGAUUUGCAGGAGGAUCCAAAAUAAUUUGUGUUUAAUGAAAGAUUCUGAACCAGUGAUUCCGGGUCGGCCCUGGUUCCUGUCGAACAUUAGACUCAACAGAACCUUCAGGCCCAGUUUCACCAGAACCAAUCAGAACCAAAUCUACUGGGAGGGAAAGAGAGCAUGGGCGUGUCUCCGUUUCUGAUUGGACAGAAACCAGGAAGUCCUCCAGCAGAGGCAGACGGACCCAAACUGGUUAAACCCAGAAUGUUCUGGAUGUUUAACCGGGUCAGAACCAUCAUCACACUGAGCCGUGACCCAGUUAGACAUUGAUAAUGGUUCUGAUGGCUGAGAUGGCAAGGUCCAAACAGGUCUUUGUUGGUUGGUGAGGGUAAUGGAACCAGAACCAGCUGAACAGCAGCCUGGUUCUGGUUCUGAUCCAGUAGCAGACGGUCCAGGCUGUAGAACCGAGCCUGAGCGUCCCGGAGUCCUGGACCUUUGGCCCCUUCCUGUGUCUUAAUUGUUACAGCCUUAAUCAGGUCAAAGGUUAAAGACAGGAAGUGAUCAAUAGUAUCAACAGUUCUGAGUUAUAAUAUCUCGAUAAUCUCAGAUUAUUCCUCAGGUUCGUCCUGAUUUCAGCAUAAACUCCUCCCAGCGCAGCCAACUACACAGCGAGGCGGCGGACCGUCAAAGAGCAGACCCACUGAGGAAACCUUCCAGAAGGCGGGGCGUCCGUGACGUAGCAGGAAGAGGCUCCCACGUGUUAUAUUGUGUGUCCGCACAGUUUUCUUAGUGAGGAUUUACUUCUGUUUCAUUUGUUUUUAUUUUAAUCCACGUUUCGACAGACCGGAGGUCAACAAGCUCGUGCAGGUCAUUGUUAAAGAUGGCGGAUAUUUCCUGUGCGGCGAAGAGAGGAGCUGCAGAACGUCCGUAGGAAAAAGUCUGUUUAAGGAUUCUUUAGACUGGGUCCGGCUCGAGCUCCAACACCUGCAGUUGAUCCCUGAACACCUGGUUCUUGUGUCAGUUACAGGUAGAUCGAUCCACUGACGUCACACGGGAGAUCUUGGUUUAAAGGAAACGGUUUGAGUUAAAAUCUGACGGUUUUUGCAUGAAGUCUGGUCCGACCGGAUUCUUCUUCACGUGCUCUGUUUGGCUCUGUAGAGCGAGGACUCACCUGUUCUCUGUCAUACAGGUACGUCGAUGACGUCAUCAGCAGAGCAACAGCUGUGUCUGAACAUCUGCAGUGUUCCUUCAUCAUCAUCAUCAUCACUGUCCUGCAGCAGGAAAUGGGCGAAACACAAGAAAUGGACCUCAAAAAAGCAGAAACCAGAGAAGAAGAAGAAGAGCUUCAUCUCCCCAGAGGAAGAGGAGGAUGAUGAAGAGGCUCCCCUGCAGGCCCCGCCCCCUGAGCUGACCCACGGACCACCACAGAAGAAGAGGAGGAGGAAGGAGGAGGUGAAGGAAGGAGGAAGUGGCAGCAUCAAGACUUCCUCUCUGUUCAGACACAACCCAGAGAUCCCAGAGAUCCUCAGACCGGCCGUCGCCCAGCUGAAGGAGAAGGUUUUCACCUCCGCCUCCUUCUCAGACCUCCACCUGCACCCCCACCUGGUGGCGACACUCAACAAGGUUCUGAACGUCUCCAGACUGACCAGCAUUCAGCAGCAGACCAUCCCGGCUCUCCUUUCCGGACGGGACGCAGCGGUCCGGUCCCAGACCGGUUCAGGGAAGACGCUGUCCUACGCCGUCCCGCUGGUCCAGCGCCUGCAGGCCUCCGAGCCAAAGGUCAGCAGGUCGGACGGCCCGCUGGCGCUGGUCGUGGUUCCGACCCGAGAGCUCGCCCUGCAGACCUACAACACCUUCCAGAAGCUGCUCAAGCCGUUCACCUGGAUCGUUCCUGGCGUUCUGAUGGGAGGAGAGAAGAAGAAAGCGGAGAAGGCCAGGAUCCGUAAGGGGAUGAACGUGGUGGUGUCGACGCCGGGCCGGCUGGCCGAUCACAUCCAGAACACGCUCAGCUUGGCGCUCAGCGCCGUGCGCUGGCUGGUUCUGGACGAGGCAGACAGGAUCCUGGACCUGGGCUUCGACCGGGAGCUGACGGUGAUCCUGAACGGGCUGAACAGAACCGGGCCGACCCGGCAGAACGUGCUGCUGUCGGCCACGCUGAGUCCAGGUGUGACGCGCCUGGCGGACGUCUGCUUGCAUGAUCCAAUCAGCAUCAGUGUUUCUGGCCCCGCCCCCUCUGACCCGCCCAGCCAAUCGGAGAGCUUCGCUGUUCCCGAGGAGCUGCAGCAGUUUGUGGUUCUGGUUCCCAGUAAGGUCCGGCUGGUUUGUCUGGCCGCCUUCAUCCUGGAUCAGUGCAAGUUCUCUCACAGCAACAAGAUCAUUGUUUUCGUGUCGAGCUGCGAAGCCGUCGAGUUCCUGCACCUGCUCUUUGGCUCCGUCCUGACCCGGCACGCGGCCAAUCAGGAGCUCAGCUUCCUGCGUCUCCACGGCAACAUGAGACAAGAGGAACGCAGCCAGGUGUUCCACCAGUUCUCCGCUUCCGCCACUGGAGUCCUGCUGUGCACGGACGUAGCCGCCAGAGGGCUGGACCUUCCUCAAGUCACCUGGAUCGUUCAGUACACUCCUCCCUCGUCAACUGCUGAGUACGUUCACCGAGUCGGCCGCACGGCUCGGAUCGGAGGAAGUGGAAACAGCCUCCUCUUCCUCACUCCCGCUGAGGCCACCUUCAUCACAGAGCUGGCCAAUCACAACAUCAGUGUCUCAGAGAUGAAGCUGCAGGACGUUCUAUCCUGUCUGAUGAAGGACGAUGCCUUCAAGGGGCGUGGGAAAUACCACAGCCAGACGUCGCCCCAAGCGCUGCAGCAGGACAUCAGGGAGCGCGCCACCGUCCUGCAGACACAGCUGGAGGACUUCGUUCACUCUGACGCCCGCUGGGUGCAGGCGGCUAAGAAAGCGCUGCAGUCCUUCCUGCGGGCCUACACCACCUACCCCGCCCACCUGAAGCAGGUGUUCCACCUGCGGCGCCUCCACCUGGGUCACACCGCCAAGAGCUUCGGCCUGAGAGACGCUCCGCAGGGCCUGAGCCCCGGCCCGGCCCCCAGGGGCCACGGGGGCCCCUGGGACCGGGUCCGCAGCAGGAACCAGAACCAGGCCGGGAAACGGGCAGGAAACCUGAGGAAGAACCAGAACCAGAACCCGGGGAGGAAACGGCUCCAUCCGGGUCACAGGGAGGCGGUUCUGAUCCGGUCAGAGUUCUCCAGCGGCUUGGAGGGAGGCGGGGCCAAGAAGAGGAGGAAGAGGGGCAUCACUGAGGAAGAGGACUGAUAAUGAAGGUGGUUCUGAACAGAACCGUCUCGGCCCAAACCUCCAGAAUCGCUCUGGUUCUGUCAGGCUGGACCGGACCAGCAGACUGGGUUUAUCCUCAGAGUGAGGCAUCGUGACGCAGAACAUCUUUGAUCAGAUGAAUUUUAUUUA